GAUAAUUCCGCGGUCACAGCCAUUAAUUUUUAUUUCUUUUCCAUUUUCCAAGACAAUUUUUACUUAUUUCAUGGCUUUUCCAACAACAAGUGCACAGCAAGCCGAAACGAACCGAAAGAUACUUGAGGACAUCCAGACCAAAAAGCAGCUGCUUGCUGGCGGGAUAAUUAACCUGGGACUGAGCAACGCAAAUCAGAUGCCCUCUCCGCAGUUGCUCGGCCAGCCGACAGUAGCACCUGAAUUCCUACCGCAGGGCGUGGGCUUACCCACAAAUGCCACGCCGCCCCGUUCCGCAUUUAACCCUACCAGUUCCACCACUUUGGGCUUCUUUAUCCCCCAAGAAUCGUAUUUUGGAAACAGCUUCAUUCCCGUGCUGCCUCGCCUGGAGCCCUUGCCCACAACCACGACCACUCCCACGACGCCCGUCAGCCACAUUGCACCCAAAUAACCGAAACUCAUACACUAAACCAUGGCCCGCCUCAAGCUGAAGAAACUGGAGGAGUAUCUCCAGUGUGUCGAUGGAUUCGAGAAGCC